AACAAAAAUAUGAUGAACAUAUUAAUGAUUUAUCGUCAAAAUUGAAAUUAAUUACAGAUAGAUAUCAAGAGAUGACAUCAACAUUAAAUCAAGAUUCUAAAUUAAAAAAACAGAAUAUAGAACAACUACAGUUACAACUUGAGACUUUAUCAAAUGAACGAAAACAUUUGACGGAAGAAUUAACGGAGACUGAUAGAAAAGUAAGAAAAAUGAGUACAACUUGA